AUGCCUACAUCUUUGGGUACACUGGGCCUUGUGAGGGCCGUGUCGGAACUUUCCUAUACAACGACUCAACAAUUCUAUCACCUGAAACGUGCUCUGAAGCUAUCUGAGGACCUAAGUGUGCUCGGAGUCUCAAACCCGUGGAGACCUCGAUGUUGUGCCGUCCAAAGAAUCUUCGCCAUCGUGCUGAACAACUCCCUGACGUUCAAAUCACCUGGGACACGACAGAUCUCCACGCUGUACGCGUGGCUGUCGCAAUGGACUUUCACCCCAAAAGGGACCAUGAUUGAAUCAGAUCGCGGGGGCAAACUGGUGGAUCUCAUCACCGCUAGAGACCCUACUUUUACGAGUGGGUCAUGGACGUUUCAGGUCGAGACCCAAGAUUACGGUUACAACACCCAAUGGUUCGGACAGUACAACUUGAGAUCCAUGGGAGCUCUUCAUGUUCGAUCUAUCAAUCAACGUGCGGUGCUGCUUAGCGCGCAACUAAAGAAGCGGGUCUGUGCGCUUAGCUGCCACCGGCCCACCAGCUACAAGCGCAUGUCCAUGACACAUCUAGAUACCUUCAUGACCAUUCCACCAGCCACGACGUUGGCAAACUGGAACCACAAGACCUUCGCAUUUAGCACUUGA